AUGAAUCCCGCACUUCCUCCAAACCUCUUUCGUAAGAAGAAAGAACACAGGCGCGGUAUCACAUAUUCGAUGUUACUAUGUGGUCCGUCAGGAACCGGUAAGACGACAUUUGCCAACAAUUUGUUAGAAUCAAACAUUUUCCCUCAUAAAUAUGAAGACUCCGAUACUUAUGAAGUUUCACCAAAAGUUAAGGUUACUUCACCAACAAAAGUUGUGUCAUUUAACUCUAGAAAUGGUAUCCCUUCCUAUCUAGCACCUUUUGAUCCAUCUAGAGCAGAAUGGGAACCUGGUAUUACAAUAACGUCUACAUCGGUUGAAAUUGGUACUGGACAACCAAGUGCAGACGCGGAAUUUGAAGAUGAAGAAGAAAUUAUUCUUUUCAAUUUAGUUAAUACACAUGGAAUUGGUGAAAAUAUGGAUGAUUCGUUAUGUUUUGAUGAAGUUACUUUGUAUUUGGAACAGCAAUUUGAUAUUGUUUUAGCAGAGGAAACUAGAAUUAAAAGAAAUCCGAGAUUUGAAGAUACUAGAAUCCACAUUGCACUUUAUUUCAUUGAACCAACCGGUCACGGACUUAGAGAGAUGGAUAUAGAAUUUAUGAAAAGAAUCUCUCGUUAUACCAACGUUCUACCCAUUAUCAGUAGAGCUGAUUCAUUUACCAAGGAGGAAUUGAAUGAAUUUAGAAUGAAAAUCAACAGUGAUUUGGAAAAACAUCAUGUUCCGGUCUAUAAAUUUGAAGUUGAUCCUGAAGAUGAUGAUAUCGAAACUAUUGAGGAGAACCAAGCGUUGGCCAAUCUACAACCAUUUGCUGUGAUUUGUUCUGAUUCCACAGAUAAUGAAGGUAGAUAUGUGAGAUCAUACCCCUGGGGAUCAGUGUUCAUUAGUGAUAGUAAGACUUCAGAUUUACACAUUUUAAAGAGCGUUCUGUUCGGUUCUCAUUUACAGGAAUUUAAAGAUACCACACAAAAUUUGUUGUAUGAGAACUAUCGUGCUGAAAAAUUGUCAACAGUUUCUGAACAGGAUAUUUCUAAUGAUAAAAACCUUGCAAGACAAUCGGCAGCACCAAGUUUAUCAAAUUUUGCUUCUUUGAUAAGAACUGGUCAAGUUCAAUCUUCACAAUCUUUGGCCAUUGGCUCUGAAGCACCAUCUACACCAGAUACGAAAUCUUCAUCAAGGAAUCAAGCUUUUCGACAUUCAAGUCAUGACUCAGAGGAAAGAUCCCUACCACACGAGGAAAAGGCUUCGGAAUCACCUGAGAGAACUAAAUUGAGAAAUAUAUCAGAAACCGUUCCCUACGUAUUGAGACAUGAACGUAUAUUGGCAAGGCAACAGAAAUUGGAGAAAUUGGAAGCACAAUCGGCAAAAGAAUUACAGAUGCGUAUUCAAGAACUGGAAAGAAAAGCUCAUGACUUGAAACAAAGGGAAAAGUUCAUUCGUCAACAACAAUUAGAAGAUCCAAAUGCUUUUAUGGAUUCAUCAUCAUCGAUAAGCGCUAGUUAUUCACGUAGUAAUAUCAAGAAAGAGGAUACAUAUACGGAUUUGGCCUCUAUUGCAUCUAAUAGACAAUAG